CUGCUCUUCGCCGGCAUCAAGGCGUCCAGCUACAGCUGAUGGGGGGCGGGGGUGUCCUGCUCCGCGGCCGCCGGUGAGGGGUUCCCGGGCUCGCUCCUCCGCGCGGUGGGGGAGCCGAGGGCGGGCCGGCAGAGGUGGGGCUGGCGGAGGGCGGAAGCGGCAGCGACGCGAUUACGAAACCCGUCCGGCUCCGAGCCGAGAGCACAGCUCCCCCCUGGACUGCUGAGGCACUGCACAGUGGAGGGACAUGGGAGGGGGCCUCCGCAGGCCCCGAGGGCCGCCGCCAUGCCCGGGGAGUCGGAGAAUGUGGACGCCUCGAUGAGGGCUUGACACCCAACCUGGGGACCCCGGAAUCGCAGGUUCCCUUUGCGCGCCAGGGCUUGCGGGGCAAUACGAAGUGGAACCCCCAAAUCCUCCAGACCUAACCAAGUUCAGAGAUUCGCAGAAGCACCCCGCCCCCCAAUCUCUUGUGCUCUACCCGAGAUGGAAUAAGGCUAGGUUUAUUUAUCCAUUGUGACGGUGGAGAGACGAGUCGGGAGGAGUAGGGAUUGGGGGAAGGGGUGCAGAAUUUUUCUGAUUCUCAAGAACACCUAGUAACCUGAAGUCCUUAAAUUGGGGAAGAAAGGGACACUCCUCCUUUCCAUUGUUGUCUAGUGUUAAUAUUUUUAAUCCAUAAACCUAAAUUUGGAGGACAAUUGCCUGCUCAUUCAUUUCACCCCCAGUCAGCACGGGGGUGCUGGAAAAGAUGCGGAAUGAUUGUGUAGACCAAUAAGCCUACUGAGAUGCUUUUAAUCCUCUCUCUCCCUCCCUGAAGUGUUCUGGAACCUAUCAUUUGAAUUAGCCGAGUCAGGCAGGGAGGGGGCGGGAGUCCUUCCGCCCUUCUUAGGAGGGGCUGCAUUGCAGGGGGAGACUGAGCAGAUUCAGUCACUGAAGAGGGAGAGCGAGUGAGAAGACAAAGCCGUCAAAGCCCCAACAGCUUUCUUUUUCUCCAGCGCGGAACAGACCCCGGAGCCCCCGAGGCACUCCCUCCAUCUUUGGAACACGCUGGUAAUUCAUUGAUAACAGGAGGCUAUGAGGGACCCUGUGAGUAGCCAGUACAGCUCCUUUCUUUUCUGGAGGAUGCCCAUCCCAGAACUGGAUCUGUCAGAGCUGGAAGGCCUGGGUCUGUCAGAUACAUCCACCUUCAAGAUCAAGGACAACAGCGUUGGCAAAAUGACCGGGCAAGCAACUGGAGCAGAGCAGGAGAAAAACCCUGAAGAUGAUGCCCUUCUUGAGUACAGCACCUUCAACUUCUGGAGAGCUCCCAUUGCCAGCAUCCACUCCUUUGAAUUGGACUUGCUCUAAGGCCAAGACUUCUCUCUCCCACCACCUUGCCCUCAUUGUCUUCCCUUUCAAGCCCUUUCCUUUCUACCCCUUUGCCAUUUUAAUCUUGUUCUCUCUCUUCUAUUGUGUUGGUGGUGCUGAUGAAUCUGCCAGAGUUGAGUUGUAUUUAUUUAUUUAUUUAUUUAUCCAUCUAUCUACUCCACGUUUCUCAAAAGCCCUCAAGCCACAAAGUAAAGGGGUCAAGCAAUGGA